CUUUGGGCUUGGGCUUCGAUUUGGGCAGGCGCCUCUGGGCCAAGCAAGUCCCAGGAAGGUGGUGCGUUCUACCGUGCCAGGCUACUGUGCCCGCGCCACUUCCCUGGCGACUUCAGGUGACGCUGAGACUCUGAGAGAAGAAGCGAGGGCCAGGCGUGGUAACUCCCGGUCUCCUUGGUUGGACCUCGGCGAACCCCUAGCAGAAGCACCUAUAGGUAACUGGCAGCGUGCCGGUAGGGCAUCCAUGUGGCCACCGAGCCUUCCUGGGAGGACGGCCGCACGUCAACGGUAUCAAGUGGGCCGUGGGCGCCACCUGUUCGACGUAAUGUGUCAACUGUGAGCAGGAUUUGUUCCCCAACAGCUAUGACCAUUGACCAAUGGCUUUAUGACAUAUUCGAGCUUGUCUGGUCAACCAGAAAAUUAACACAGUUUGUCUUUUUAUUUUUCUUUCUUGAGUGUCGACGGGGGAAUCUCCCUUUGAGGUCAUUAGAUAAGAUUUUUCCAUUUGGAAGGCAGGGCGGGCCUCGUCACUUGUCCGGCUCUGGAGACAGACCCCUGCACUGAACAAUUUGUCUCACCUUGGCUAAUUCUCGCAACACCCCUUUUUCUAUAUAUUUUGUCUUUCCAAAAUUUACUGAUCUGAAAAUAAAAUCAUCUCUAGGCAUUUUGUCUUUCCAAAAUUUACUUAUCUGAAAAUAAAAUCAUCUCGAGGCAUGUUCAGGAUAUAUAUAAGAGGCGGGGAAUGCAUAGCAUACCCUCGGCCUAUGUUUUUUUUUUUUGAAUCUGUAAUUGUCGAAUGUGUCUCAUCAAAAGGUAUUUAUUUACUAGACUAAUUGUGCGAUGUUAUGGUGUACACAGCUGAGGACCUGAUCAAGAAUGCCCAGGUGGUAGCCAUCAUCGCAGCGCCUCAAGUGUCUGCCGAAGCAGAUUUGCUUGCCCAACUGGGCAGCCGCAACUGCAUUCCAGUCCUCUCCUUUUCUUGUGUUUCUCCAACCUUGCAUCUGCACACGGUACCUUACUUUGUGCAAACAUCACCCAAGGAGUCCUCUCAGGUUGCUCCCAUUGUCGACAUCGUCACCUCUUUCUUAGGACGUGAAGUUGUCAUCGUGUAUGAAGAUUCACCUUAUGGAAUUGGCAUUCUUCAGCCACUCACCGAGGCACUGCAGAGCAGCAGUGUCCACACAAUUGAUAGUGUGGUUGUUCCAAUUGGUGUGACUGAUGAUCACUUCGACCAGAUGCUCUAUCGCCUCAAGAACAUGUCAGCAAGGCUGUUCGUUGUAAACAUGCGCACAGCUCUUGCUGUCCAUCUAUUUUCUCGGGCCAAGGAUGCUGGCAUGGUGACUGAGGAUUAUGUCUGGAUUGCCACUGUUGCUCUAGGCAAUGUAGUGGAUGGCCUCAGCCCUGAUGACAUUGAUAACUUGCAGGGGAUUUUGACACUGCGGCCUUAUGUUCAGGGUACAAGCUUGGCUAGGUUCAAGGCAAGGUUCCACUUGGAGAAUCUGAACACUGACCGUGUGCACACCCCAAGUGUUCUGCUGUUCCGGGCAUACAAUACGGCAUGGGCUACUUGUAUAGCAGCUGAGAUCGCUGGGGUAUCCAGGUUGGCUAUCCGGGUGGCAGAAAUAGAUUUGAGCAGACAUGGUUUGUCUGCAAACAGAAGAGUUUUUCUCGAUUCAAUUCUCAACACAACAUUUGAUGGAUUGACUGGAGACUUCAGGAUGGUCAAUAGAGAGGUGCAGCCACCAUCUUAUGAGAUUGUGCACGUGAACAGGAAAGGUGCAUUGGGAGUAGGUUUAUGGACACCACCACUGUCUUUGCAACCACAAAAACUAAGUAGAAAAGGAUAUAGCUUUGACAAUAGCAGAAGGUCUGUGUUCUGGAGAGAAGAUACAGUAAGGACCUCUAAAGGGAGGGAGAAGACAGGCUUUCCACUUAACCUUGACACUAAACAUUCACUUAACCUAGAGUCCAAGAGAAGAAAUGCCAGAAAAUUAGUGGGAGGAAGAUCGGGGAAGUUGUGCAGAAGCUAUAAUGAGAAGCUACUCAGGAUUGGUGUGCCACAGAAAGAUGGUUUCAAAGCUUUUGUGAAUGUUUCUCGUCCUUAUUUCUUUUGCAAGGAUAAUGCUACUCGUCCUAGUACCACAAAACAAGUCACUGGCUACAUCAUUGAUGUAUUUGAGACUGCUAUGGAGAAGCUGCAGCACCCCCCAUGCUAUGACUUCUGUGUCUUCGAUGGUUCUUACGAUGAGCUAGUAGGCAACGUGUCUUUAGGGAUCCUUGAUGGAGCAGCAGGUGAUGUGACCAUAACUGCCAAUCGAACAGGACAAGUGGACUUUACAAUGCCAUACACACAGUCUGGUGUGUCUUUGCUUGUGCUAUCUGAGAGUGACUUAGAACCAAUCCAGUGGACCUUCUUAGCACCACUGACAAAGGAACUUUGGUUCGCAACUGUGGGUUUCUUCUUCUUCACUGGGUUUGUUGUGUGGGUGAUUGAGCGACCCAGAAAUCCAGAGUACCAAGGAUCAAGUCUGAGACAGUUCAGCAACGCUUCAUAUUUUAUUUUCUCCACUUUGACAUUUUCUCAUGACCAUAUUAUUAGGAGCCUGUUGUCAAAAAUUGCUGUGGUGAUAUGGUGCUUCUUAGUGCUGGUACUAGUGCAGAGCUAUACGGCAAGUUUUUCAUCCAUUUUAACCGCAGAGAGGCUCCAUCCUACAGUGACCAACCUGGACCAGCUCCUUGUCAAUGGUGAUUAUGUUGGGUACCAGCAUAAUUCAUUUGUGUACUCCAUGUUGAGAGAUCGAGGUUUCAGCAAACAUAGGUUGAUUCCUUAUUCGAGGGAAGAUGAGUACGCAGAUGCUUUGAGGAAGGGGUCCAUGAAUGGAGGCGUGUCAGCUAUCGUGGAUGAGGUCCCCUAUUUAACAUCUUUCCUCUUCUCUGAUGCUCGAUACCAGAACGAGUUCCAGAUUGUUGGUCACAUAUACAAGACCCCAGGACUUGGCUUCGUAUUUCCUCAAGGUUUUCCUCUGUUGCAUAAUAUUUCAACUGCCAUCUUGAACAUUACUGAAGGGAAUGAGGGUUCACAGUUUGAAGAAAAAUGGUUUGGUACGGCUGCGACAACACCAACAGUUUCCAACAAGCCUUCCACUCCUCUAACUUUGCAGAGCUUCUCCGGUCUGUUCCUCACCAGCGGAUUCUUCUCUUCUCUCAUGAUGCUGAUAAGCAUUAUGAGGCUGGCUCAUGCCAGAUGGACCGAACUGAGACACGGGGACGCAGAUCCCAUGGACAAUAUUUCCGGGGACGAAGAAUUUCGUCAGCUGCACCCUGAAGCGUAACGGGGAUCACCAACAAGUUAGUAGCGGAAGUGAUGAUGACAAAGAGUAGUGCGUUUGGGCAUCCAAGCUAAACAGGUCAGUGUCCGAAGAUGCAUAGCAACUGCCGACGUGAUGCUAGUACAGUCUACAAUAAGGGGUGUGUGUGUGUGUGUGUGGGCGUGUUGGGGUGGGGGUGGGGGUGGUGGGGGUUGAAAGCGCGUGUAAAUUAGCUACGGACAUAUGUUUCGGUUUACUUGUGUUUUGGGAAGGGGAUAUGACACAUGUAUCAGAGGUUAUAUGACGAUGCUAUCUUAUUAAUUUGCAUCAGAUUAUCUUCUGACAAAUUAAUAAGAUAGCAUCGUCAUACAAUCGAAAACUGCAAUCCAAAUUCCUUUGACUAUUCAAGCAGAGGCUAACGUUGAC